AUGACGUCUUCAUCACGCAAGUCACGCCUAUUAAGUCAUGUCAUGUACACCAAUGCCGUCUACUGGCCCAAUUACAGAGUCUACAACGGGGACACACCCGGCCAACUCAACUACGGAUGUAUCAACCGCGUCUACUACGCCUACGCCAACGUGACGGCGGACGGGGGGUAUUUGUACCUCAGUGACGAGUGGGCCGAUGCCAGAGCGCCGUGUGACGGCGUUCAGGGUGCGCUGGGCUCCCUGAUGCACCUCAAGCAAAGGUAUCCUCACUUGCAGGUUGUGCUUUCUAUCGGCGGCAGCGGGUCGGCCGAAACACUCCCCAUCGUGGCGUCGAACGCUGUCCUUCGGGACAAUCUUGGUCGCUCGGCCCGUGGCCUAGUCGAAGCAUCAGGACUCGACGGCAUCGACAUUGUGUGGGAAUACCCGUGCACGCCGCAGCAGGGAAAUGACUUCCUCGCUCUGGUGGCAGCGAUGCGCAUUCACCUCCCGGACGACCGCUAUCUGGUCACGGCCGCUCUCCCAGCCGCAAAGGCCGUCCUCCAGAAUAUCGACCUCCGGCAAACAGUCGAGUACCUGGACACGAUCAACCUCAACGCAUACGACUUCUUCGGGCACUGGACCCACAAGAGCGGCCACCACGCACAGCUCUACUCGGUGCACGGCAAGGACGAGCCGUCCGGUGCCUCGGCCGUGCAGUACCUCAUGUCGUCGGGCGUGCCGGGCAAGAAGAUCCUGCUGGGGAUCCCGCUCUUCGGGCGCAGCUUCCUGCACGUCACGGGGCCGGGCCACAAGAACCGAGGCGCGGGCGGAGACGACGGCAGCGGCUCGUUUGAGUACAACCAGCUGCCCCGGAAGGGCACCAAAGAGCAGGUCGACAAGCGGGCCGUGGCAGCGCAGUGCGUUGGUGGCGAUGGUGGCUUCGUCACGUACGACAACCCGGACACGGUCAGGACGAAGGCUGCCUUUUGCAAGCAGAAGGGGCUUGGGGGCCUAUUCUACUCAAGUGCGCCGUCGGAUGUGAAAGAUACUAAGAGGAGCCUCAUCACGACAGGGUUCAAGACACUGCACAGCUCCUGAUACCUGACUGGCAUUUUUAUUUUCUUUUCUUUUUUUUUUUCUUUUCUUUUAUUUCUUUUCCUUUUUUUCUGUGGGGGGGGGGGGGCGUUCUUUCCAUUCUUCCCCAUGAUUCAGGGGUUCGAACUUGGGCAGGCAUGGCGGCUAUUCUGCUUGUUUGCCUUACUACCCUGUACAACAUCUUCCGGAUGGACAAUUGGGGUCGGACAUGCAAACAUGGGACAGGGGCGGACGGGCAUGACGGAAUGAACUAACGACAGCAAUGAUGUGUUUUGAUAGAUGGUACCAAAAUGGGUUAAGGAUGGAUUUAUAGAAGUACCUGUUUUAUCCCUUUUUUUUCCUUUCUGGGUUGUUUUCCGGCUUCGAGUAGAUGGUAGCACAGAGCAAGGGUGCAUGUCAGGCACAAUGGUACGGCUUCGUUUGACAGGAAAAUGGAGAUGGCUGGAGUUUACUUUAGACAGGCGGCAGGGCGAGGGUUGGGGAAAACACGG